AUGCGAUGCGCGAGCAAGGCCGCCGAGAGCGCGUCUGCACGUCUCUGUGCGGACGCCGAAGCAGAAACUACAGCAACUGAUGUCCCAUCGGUUGCUGAAUCGACUCAGCCUGUAUCACCUGGUGAUGCAGGCGCUGGUCAUGAAGACACUCGUGUCUUCACAGAGUACGAGCUCGGUGUCUCGUACUCUCCUGAUACGGAUGACGGAUCCGUAUCGACGGCAAUUGAAUCCAAGCCGCCUGCCAAGCGUGGCAUGGAUGAUGCUAUGCGUCGUAGCAUCUUUAUUUCAUCUGAUGAAUCAGAUGAACCAUCACCGAAGCGAAGGCGCUCGAGGUCGCGAGACUCGGGCGCUAAUAGUGGUGUCGUUUCUCCAAUGGACACCACUUCACAGCGAGGUGCCAGUACUUCUGUCGGCACGUCGCAGGAAGAGCGGGACCGCAAUGUGUUGCGUCUCGCUCCAGAAAAGAAGGCAUGGAUGCCUCCUAAAUCUGUCAUGGAUCACUUGUCGGCGACGACGAGUGAUCGUUAUCGAACACGAUUGUUCGAUUCGUCGAGGAUUCAUCACUUGACCCCAGCGCGAAAGACUAUCGCGCUGAACAUGAGUUCUUCAUCGAUGCUUUCUUCAGACAUCGAUGGUACAGUGGGAAUCACAAACGUGAUGGUCCCUCACUACUUCAGGCGUGGAACGCCUACAUCCAUAAUCUCGAGGAUGUAG